GGCGAGAGCGCCCAAGCAAGUGCGAGGCCGGGAGGAGGAGGAGGAAGAGGAGGGCGGAGGAAGACAAACACCCUGUUUCCUCUCGGGCUCCCACCGCGGAUCAUGUACCAGGAUUAUCCCGGGAACUUUGACACCUCGUCCCGGGGCAGCAGCGGCUCUCCAGCGCACGCCGAGUCUUAUUCCAGCGGCGGCGGCGGCGGCGGCGGCCAGCAGAAAUUCCGGGUAGAUAUGCCAGGAUCUGGCAGUGCCUUCAUCCCCACCAUCAACGCCAUUACCACCAGCCAGGAUCUCCAGUGGAUGGUACAGCCCACCGUCAUCACCUCCAUGUCGAAUCCGUACACCCGCUCCCACCCCUACAGCCCCCUGCCGGGCCUAGCCUCGGUCCCAGGACAUAUGACUCUUGCAAGACCCGGGGUGAUCAAGACCAUCGGUACCACUGUGGGCCGGAGAAGGAGGGAUGAGCAGCUGUCUCCAGAAGAAGAAGAGAAGCGAAGAAUUCGGAGAGAGCGGAACAAGCUUGCUGCCGCCAAAUGCCGGAACCGACGCCGGGAGCUGACUGAGAAACUGCAAGCGGAAACUGAAGAGCUGGAGGAAGAGAAGUCGGGGUUGCAGAAGGAGAUAGCCGAGCUGCAGAAGGAGAAGGAGAAGCUAGAAUUCAUGCUGGUGGCACACGGGCCCGUGUGUAAAAUCAGCCCCGAAGAGCGUCGGACCCCACCAUCCCACAACCUCCAGUCCAUGCGCCCUGGUGGAGGAGUCGGGACUGUUGUGGUGAAGCAAGAGCCCUUGGAAGAAGAGAUCCCAUCGUCCUCCUCUUCAGCCCUGGACAAGGCCCAGCGGUCCGUCAUUAAGCCCAUCAACAUCGCUGGGGGCUUUUAUGGGGAGGAGCCCCUCAACACCCCCAUUGUGGUGACCUCCACUCCAGCCAUCACCCCGGGCACCUCCAACUUGGUCUUUACCUACCCAAACGUGCUGGAGCAGGAGUCCCCGGUGUCCCCUUCUGAGUCGUGCUCCAAGGCCCACCGGAGAAGUAGCAGCAGUGGGGAUCAGUCUUCAGACUCCUUGAACUCUCCCACUCUCCUGGCUUUGUAACCCACCUGGGUGCUGUCCUUCCUGGCUCUGGAGGGGAAUGAAGGGAAGCCACCCUCCGCCUUCUCCACCGUCUCCUUCCCAGGGACCAGCACACUGGCAGUGAGUGACAGCAGACAGAGGGACACCACAGGAGAGCUUGGCUCUGGGGAGAAUGAAGUGGAAUCUGGCCAUGAGGAGCGCUAAGGACCUCAGGGCAGGCCGGUGGAUGAAUUGGGGACUCCCUCCUUUGUGCCACAGGCAGUUCCUGUUACCUUCAAAACUUGGGAGAACUUGUGGACUGAUGCAUCUUCCUGAAGUUGCUCUGGACCAUUGCUUUCCUUUUCUUCUGAUGUUCUGUCUUGGAGUGAUGGUUUCCUUCCCUUGGCUUCCUCUCCCCCUUGCAGGGGGGCCCGAUGGGUGCCUCCCCUCCCACUCAGAUCAUUCCUGUUCAGCUUUAUUCUCUCCCCUUUUUGUUCCUCACCCUUCCGGGACAUUUCAUGAGGGUGGUCCGAACACUUAAGACUUCCUAAAAAGAA